GUCACACCACCGGGCAAUAGGCAUCGUCCUUGUCACGGCAACCGCGGGCGGAUGGUGGGAAGAGUACAGUGUGGUUCCAGUCGUUGUGAAACGGAAAGAUCCUUCUUUUCUCGAUUCCUUCUUUCCCAUCACUCAAUUCCUUCGGCCUCCCUCGACCCUACCUCUAGGUAUGUACUCAAAGUACCAACUCCCACUGACCAUAAGCCAGGGUAUUUGGUGCGGCUGCCCUCACUAAGGGAGGUAGGUACCCACGGCAUCCUCCCUAUUUUCUUGCUGCUUCCUCCCUUUCUUUCUUCUUCUUUUUCUCCUCGGCCUCCUUCUUUCUCUUGCAGCUCGAGCAUGACUUGUCAGACUGCUUGCUGACCUCCUUGUUGUCGGCGCGGAUAUCACCGCAGGAGCCCCAGUAUUUUGCCUUUGCGCACGUCAGGUGUUCGCUGCUGGUGGAGACUACGUCGGAGCAGUCGGGACAUUUGUAGCUGGUUUUUAUCUGGCCACACAUUUUGUCUUUCUCUUUCUUGAAUCGAUCCAGAUGGGAAUACUAAAACUGGGUUAUUGUAUUUGUUAAGUCUGGAUUGGUUUAGGCGCUAUUGCGUGUGAUGAUGAUGCUGGAGAAGAUAUAGCACUCCUGGAUAGGUGGAAAUCGUGGACCUUAUGUAGGUCUUGAAUUCGCAAUGGGAAGCUGGUCACACUUGAGCACGAUGGGCAGUAUGCGUGAGGUAACAUGGCAGUCUCGAUAAGUUGUCUAAAACGAGGUCGGACUGCCGAGGCUUGGUACCAAAUGACGCAUCAAACGGAACAUGCUUGCGAACUUGGACUCGUGAUCUGGGUGGUAGCCCCAUUCGACAGUCAAGAUGAUCUAAGCACGAGACGACAGCACACCACCACAGCUGGAUUGCAACCACGAGGGCCGGGCUUCACACAUGGAACUACGCUCAUUCUGAUGAGCAACUGGACUGGAUGGAGAGCAAGUCACACCCUUGGCAAUGACAUUGUUCUUGUCUUUGGCAAGCGCGGGCCUUAGAAGAGCAUUACUUAUCAUCCCAUGAGUGGCUACCUAGCCUGUAUGGGCCACUUCUGCUUGGUGAGGUCAGUGUCAUCAUUUUGGACAAACUGGCUUCUGGACCCUUUCGUGAAUCAAUGCCAGGGGAAUAACUGAGGGGAAGGGAUGCUCUGGUUUCAGUCUGGAAUAAUUCAGUUAAAAAGAGCAAACCAAGUGUGCAAG